AUGGGGCUGCAGGGCCUGGCGUGCAACGCGCUGCUGCAGCACGGCGGCGGGCACGGCAGCGGCAUGGCGAGCCUCACGCUCCACCAGAUGGACCUUGCGGAUUGCGCCAUUCCACCACCCAACGGCGAGAUCCGCGAAGAGCUGAUCAACACACUGCCCGAAACCGCGGUGCGCGUGGGCGUGACGCGCAUGUCGAUCGCGGACAUGCGCGCCUUCUACUCCUCGCUCGACUUCAACUACCUCCUCAACCGCAACGACUGCAGGCAUUUCGUCGACGCCUUCGUGCACUACACCACCGGCGUGGACCGCGCCUCCGCGCGCCUGAUCCGCGCCAACAUGAACCUGCGCAUGCGCGCGCGCCCCUGGCAGCCCGUCGACCCCGUCAUAAUCAUCUGCCAGCGCAUCCUGGAGAAGGAAAACACCUACCGCUUUUUCACCGCCUGCCACGCCGCCUUCACCUCGCUUUCCUCCGCCGUUCUCCUCCGCGUGGGGAUCCAAUCCGGCCGCCUGCAUCAGCGCCUGGCGCGCGUCGUGCAGUCUUCCGCCAUGGUCGCUCUCCGCCGCGCGCUCCCCCACGCUUCCGCCAUAGGCGGCGGAGCAAUCUUCCGCGCGGCCGGCGGUCCCUUGGGGAUGCUCUCCGCCGCUAUGGCUGCCGGCGCUGUGGCGGCGGCGGCGGCAGUGGCGGCUACGGGGAUGCGCGUGCGCGGAAUGGCGACCCGGCAGCUGAGGCAGCUCGUGGGUCUGCCGCACCGCCACCACUGGCAGAAACCAAAACCGCUCGCGCUGGCGCCUGCGCCUGCGCCGGCGCCGCUUCCGCAGGCGGCGGUUUCGUUGGCGGCAGUCGCGCCGGGGGCAGUGGUUGUGGGGGCCGCGCAGCAGCAAGUGUCUGUGGCGGCAGUGGCGCCAGCGUCUGCUGCUGUCGCUGUCGCUGGUGCUGUGGCUGGUGCUGGUGCAUCGGGAACCGGUCUUGGAGGUGGUGCAAUGAGAAUAGAAGUGCCUGUGGUGGGGCCUUGCAGUGUGCCGACUGGAAUACCACUGUCUCCUGUCUCUCCCAAGUCUCCCAACUCCCCUAACGUACUCCCGCAGCAGCAGCAGGGGCAGCAGGAGGUUCAGGCGUGCGCAGCUCAACCGCAGCAGCAGGCGCAGCAGCAAUCACAGCAGGUGCAGCAGUCGCAGCAGCAGCAUGUGAAUGCUGCGACCUGGCCGUCGGGGACGCGACGAUCUCGAAAGGCCAAGGCAGCAACGGAGCUGAAGGCGGAGAAGAAGACCAGGAAGGCUGCUCCAGCUGGCUCCAAGAAAACCAUCAAGUCAGAGACCAAAGCGUUGCGAUCUGCAGUGUCUUCCAGCAGCAACAGCAGCAGCAAUGGUGUCUGCAAGGGAGGCAAUGGCAAGGGCGGCGGCAAGGCGUCAGAGGCGAAGGGCGGCCUGCCAGGACUGCUGGCGCACUUCUCCCCGCUCUCCUCGCUCCUAGUGUCCAAGGCAGCUGCUCUGGGCAAUGGCUUGAAGACGUGCCUGGACAGCCGCCCUCUGCUGAACGAUCCCCUUCAGCUGGCGGCUCUGCCAUGA